CAUAUUAAAAGGAACUGAAGGAACUGCAGCAGAUACACUCUGAACUCUUCAACUAUUCACUCUUUACUUCAGCUGCUGUAUCUGCUCUGCUCUCUUUAACCUAAACAUGGACGAUGGCUCAAACAAGUCAAACAUGGGCCACAACUUACGACCUAGGAGAACAAAUAAUGAGGAGCUGAGGAUAGUGAUGGUUGGGAAGACUGGAAUUGGGAAAAGUGCCACUGGAAACACUAUUCUGGGACAGCAGUACUUCAAUUCAGAGUUAUGUGCUAACUCUAUGACUGCAGAAUGUUCUAUGGGCAGAGCACUUGUAGAUGGACAAUGGGUUGCUGUCAUUGACACCCCAGGCCUGUUUGACACCAGGUCUGACCAGGAGGAAACAACUAAACAUAUGAAUCACAGCAUCUCUUUUGCGGCUCCUGGACCCCAUGUCUUCCUGGUUGUCAUCAGGCUGGGCAGAUACACUCAAGAGGAAAAGCAGACUGUGAAAAGGAUUCAGGAAACCUUUGGCCAGGCAGCAGACAGAUACAGCAUGGUACUCUUUACUGGUGGUGACCUUCUUGAAGAUAGCACCUUGGAGGAGUUCUUGGAUGACAGCUCAGACCUUCGAGAACUUGUGGCCAGAUACAAUGACCGGUACCAUGUCUUCAACAAUAAGCUGAAGGAUCACUCUCAGGUCAGCAAGCUGAUCCAGAAGAUCAGAAAUAUAGUCCAGCUCAACAGGGGAAGCCACUACACCAAUGAGAUGUUCCAAGAAGCCAAGAGGACAAUCAAAGCAGAGAAACAACGCAUCCUGAGAGAGGAAGAAAAGCGAAUUCGCGAAAAACAAGAGGAACUGAAGAGGACACUAGGGGAAAAAUAUGAUAAAGAUAUUAAGAAAAUGAAUGAACAACUUCAGGCAAUGAGGAGAAGAGGACAGAGAAGCUGGAGGUGAAUGAGGAGAUACAGAGGGAAGGGAGGAAAGAGAUGUAGAGAGAGAGAGAGGAGAAGGAAAUACAGGAGAGGGAAAAAACAAUGACUGAAUUAAAAGCAGAACAUGACAGAAAACUUCAAGAGGAAUGGUAAAGAUUAAAGGAAAGCUAUGAAAGCCAGAGUUCAAACUGAAAGGUGAUGUGCCAUCUUGUUAAAAAUUCAGCAAAAUCAACUUCUGUUUGCUCAUAACAUCAUUGCAGUUCUGUAAGUUGGUCUGUUUCAUGAAAAAAAAAAAAAAAAAAAAAAAAAUCUACAAGACAUUUCUAAACCCCUCUCAGAAAUCCUAAACAUAACUUUUGCAGAACUAAUGUUGAAUGAAUGCCUUACUGAAUAUUGACCAAACUCUUGACAUUAAAGCAACAAAAUGUAACUUUGCUGAGCAACAGUGCCCUCUGCAGCCACAGACAAGUGGUCUUUAAUUCUGUUGGGCUCUGAGUCUGGGCAGUGAACCAGUUUUCAUAUACAGAAAACAAAGUCUAUUAAUCACUUGACUGAAGCUCCCACUGUGUAGUCCCACUCACUGAACUGAAACACAAAGCAGAACGGUGUAUAUUCCUCAUGAUCCCCAGCUUCCAGAAGUGGAAGCACUGUUGUUGUAACACAGUUUAUGAUUCUUGAUAUUUGCAGUUUCUUCACUGGAUUUCUUAUUAUUAUUAAUUGAUCUACAGUUUGGCAUUACUCCCGAAGCUGAACUCUUGAACUGAGGCUGAUUCUUGCUUAAGUUACAUAGUGCAAGAGAGGGAAUGACAGAGGCACCAUUCUCCCUUUACAAGUCAGUGUACCAUCCAAAUGAUCUGAAGCUGUUAUUUUAAGGUACAAUUGUUGUAUAAUGUAGCUUCACAUUUGUUCGAACAUAUUAUUGUGUUGUAUUUGGGAUAGUAUUCUCUGGAAACCGUUUGUUUGUAUUUUUUCAGGAUAAAAAUGAAAAUGUAAAAUUGUACUUGAUCAGGGAACCAGACACCUGACUCCAAAUGACUACUAAUGUUACUCCAUGUCUGCUGUAUGUGUAGACUUGUGUCUGAAAAUGGUGCAGCAAAGGCUCAGGAAGCUGUGUUGUAUUCUGACAAUUAUUUGUGAAGCUUUGUUGCUGCUGAGUGUAAUUGAAAAAAAUGAAAUAAAAUUAACGCAACAAAUCAA